AUGAAGGGUUCUAUGAUGCUCGGUGCCUUGUGCGCCAUCGGUGCUGUCGCCGGCCCUGUCGACAAGCGCGCUAUCGUCACUGAUGUCGACCUCACUGUCGUGACUGUCACUGUCACCGACUCGGCUGUCGCAUCCGCCACCUCGACCGCCGCCGACAAUGCUGCCGCUGCCCCCGUUGUCAACGAAGCCCACAAGAACCACCCGGACUUCUCGUGGCCUCCAUGGCCUACCACCACUGAGGUAGCCUCUACGACCGACGUGGCUUCCACCACUGUUCCGCCCAGCAGCACUGUGGCCCCGACCACUACCACCUCGACCAGCGUCGUGCCCUCGUCCACUGGCGACGCCUACCAGAGCAUGCUCCUCGACUCCCACAACAUCCACCGCUCCAACCACUCGGCCCCGGCCCUGACCUGGAACGAGACCCUGGCUGAGAGUGCCCUGGCCCUCGCCAACAGCUGCGACUACCACCACGAUACCUCCCUCGGACCUGCUUCCGGCUACGGCCAGAACAUUGCUUAUGGCGUCGACUCCUCCGAAGUCGACAAGAUCAUCACCGACAUGAUGUACAACGACGAGAUGAUGUACUACCAGGACCUGUACGGUCAGGCCAGCCCUGACAUGUCUACCUUUGAGCACUGGGGCCACUUCUCUCAGAUUGUCUGGGUCAACACUGCCAGCGUUGGCUGUGCCACUGUCACUUGCUCUCCUCUGGCCGAGGCGUACUCCACCGACCCCCUUCCGUUCACCGUUUGCAACUACUUCCCGGCCGGCAACUACGGUGGCGAGUACGCAGACAACGUCCUGGAGCCCAAGGGUGACCCCAUCUCUGUUAUCUAG